AUGAGAAUGAACGUGAACAACGAGAAGUGCAGCAAACCGAAGCUUCCUGAUCCUGUAACUGCAAAGAACAAUCGAGAACUGCAAUCAAGUGGUGUUGAGAUGGCUACGAAGCGCCAGUCAAGGCUGCAGCUUGAAUGCAUGGAUGAUACGACGCUUGACGUGACGUAUGAGCAAGCGAUGAUGUCAUCGACGCUCUGGGGUUUAAUGCAAGAUGUAUCGGAGAAGAAGUGCAAGAACGGUGUUAAUCAACACGUUAUCCGUAUUUUUGAUGUGCCAACAGAAAGUGUACAACGUGCACUAGAAUAUUGCAGUUGUUUGUAUAAACAGCAAGUGGAUCGCGUGGAAACGGCAAUGCUGGAAUGGGAGGAAGAGUUUGUUAGUCUUGAGUCAAAAGAGCUGUGCGAACUGGCUAAAGUCGCAUCGAACUUGGAUAUUCAACCAUUGGUGGAUCUCACAUGUCGGUCUAUUGCACAGAUCAUGUCAGCAACCUCUGAGGCAGACGAGCUGAGGAAAAAGUUUGGACUGGAAGACGCGCUAGAUGAUGCUGAGUGUAGUUGUGAGCUGCGAAGUGAUAUGGCAGGAUUUGAUUUUGACAUGUUCAAUUCCCUGGACCAUGACCUUUCUACAGAAGAGUAUGAGCUGGUGGAGUUUGACCAGCCUAGCGUUGAUGAGUUAGUAAGUUUCAUUAACGGCAGCAGCAGUGGCUCGAAUGCGACGCCGAACCAGGUUCAACAACACCAAGCUACAAUAGCUGCUAAGCAGCACUGCCAUCUUCACGGCGAGAACUCGUCUGACCGUGGUAGCUCCAAUAACGAUAGCGUCACUUCAAGCAAAAAAAAACGCAAAAAACGCAAAAAGAAAAAGUCGCUUUGUACUUCCGUCCAAUGUGACACAAGACUAGAGUCUGCAGUUGAGCCAAGUGUAACAGGGUCAGGCAAACUGACUCAGGAGUCGAGCAGUAGCGACAAAGAAAAAGAAGCACCGGAUUCUACUUUGACACAAUUAUCAAUUUGUCAAAACGCAAAGAGCACCAAACCACAGACUUUGGAAGAAAAAGUCCGGUUGGCACGACAAAACCCAAGUGCAGUGUUUAAGGAAUCACAAUUUGAAGAUGACGAUGACGAAGACAUGGCGAAGGUGAUCAAGAUGUUUGAGCUAAACCUUGAGUCUGCGUACCGCGAUUGCGGCACCAAGGAAAAGCCCCGUCUAGAUUUUGCACCACGCGACGUGUUCCAGUCCUCACUUGUGCGCUCGUCGCAAUUGGAAUAUGUACAGCAAUUUUAA